AAACACACUGAAACUCCUGUUAAGGGUACACGAUGAAAUAUUUCUUCCUGAUUUUGGCACUUGUUACCCCUCUUGCUAUAAGUAUCACAAACGAAUUUCAAUCAUGGAAACAGAAAUACCGGAAGCACUACAGAAGUACAAACGAGGAAGCCUAUAGGUAUGGAAUAUGGAAGAAAUCCCUGGAUUUAGUGAAUCGUCGAAACCAAGCCAAUGUUUCUGGCUUCUUAAUGGAGGUGAACCAAUUUGCAGAUCAGAUUCAUAUUGGAAAUAGAAAAAAGCUGUAUUACAAACUGUCAUCGCUUGCCUCGACAUCGCCAUUUAUUGGAGACGUCCCCGAUUCUUUUGAUUGGCGUAAAAAAGGCGCCGUGUCUCCAGUAAAGAACCAGGGCCAAAUUGGAAGCGCUUUAGCUUACGCCACUAUAGACUGCAUUGAAAGCAUGCAUUUCAUUAAGACUGGGCAACUUGUUGAACUCAGCAUUCAUGAACUGGUGCAGUGUUGCAAUACCUCAAUUGUGGGAUCGGAGUUUGAGUGUGUAAAAAAACUUGGAGGUCUCUGUGAUUCUGCCAGCUACCCGGACUCCUCAACAUGUCAGAGCAGCAAAUGUACACCGGUUGCUAAGGUCACGGAUGUGACAGCAGUAAAGCACGGUGACGAAGAGGCGAUGAAGGUGGCAGUAUUUAAGCAGCCUGUUUUUGCUGCUAUAGAUGCCAGCCACACCUCGUUCCAGUUAUAUCGGAGUGGUAUUUAUUACGAGAGGGCCUGCUCGUCACAGAGACUAGAUCAUGCCGUCCUGGUUGUGGGAUAUGGGUCCCAAGGAGGAAAAGACUUCUGGAUUGUGAAAAAUUCUUGGGGAACUGAAUGGGGAAUGAAUGGAUACAUAUUAAUGAGCCGAAAUAGGGGAAACAACUGUGGAAUUGCCUCCAGUGCAUUGAUUCCAGUCGGGAUUUAAGAAUCAAACAAAAAUGUAUUCACUAUAAAAGAAUAAUAUUUGUUUGUGUUGACUUGAAUUUCAAAUGUGAAAUAAAUGUUUGGAAAAACACAAGUUCAAAGACACAUACUUGCAUGAAUUCUUAUUGCCUCCCCUUGAAAAAGGGGGCAUUAUUUGAUUGCACCUGUUAGUCGGCCGGUAGACCAAGUGUAAUUGUGUGAAAAACAGAUUGCUCAACUAAAAAUAGUAAUAUACUUGUAUUUUAUUUUAUAUUGAUAUGAUAUUAAAGCAAUAUGAGCUGCA